AUGGUGCGGUCUUACAAGAAGAAGGAGAGCAGAAGUAAAGAAGUCAACGAAGAACAUAUGAGUUUAGCAAUAAAGGAUAUAGUUGAAGGCAAAUUAUCAUAUAGAAAAGUAGCCGAUAAAUACGGCCUUAAGGCUUCAACGUUGGAAAGUCGUGUAAAAAAAGUUAGAAUUACAUCCAAUGAAGCUGAUUGCACUCGUUUUCAUUCCAAGUUCACGAGUUACCAAGUAUUUUCAGUUGAAGAAGAGUCGCAGUUGAGUGAAUAUAUACAAAAAAGUUCUAAAAUGCACUAUGGGCUCACAAUACUACAGGUCAGGAAGCUAGCAUAUGAUUAUGCCAAAGCUCUAAAAUGUAAAUAUUCAUCUCAAUGGGAUGAAAAGCAAUUAGCAGGAAUCGAUUGGAUGCAUGGAUUUCGGAAUAGGAAUAGAAGCUUGACUUUAAGAAAACCGGAAAAUACAAGUGCUGCCAGGUCUUUUGCGUUCAAUAAAACGGUAGUAAAUGAAUUUUACGAUAAUUUAAAAUCGGUGUACGAACGACAUAACUUCACGGCUGAUCGCAUAUUUAAUUUCAAUGAGUCGGGAAUAUCUACGGUUUUAGAAACUCCGAAAGUAUUAGCCCCGAGAUCACAGAAGCAAGACGGGCAAAUCGUUUCUGGAGAAAGAGGCGAACUUGUUACUUUUGGUGGCAUAAUCUCAGCCACUGGAAACACAAUUCCUCCACUAUUUGUGUUUCCGCGAGUUCAUUUUAAAGACUAUUUUAUGGAAGGAGCUCCGGAAGGAAGUAUUGGAGCUACAAAUAGAACUGGUUGGAUCAAUUCUGAAAUAUUUGUGCAAGUGUUAAGACACAUCCAGAAACAUACACUUAGUUCCAAAGAAAACCCUAUUCUAUUACUCUGUGACAAUCACGAAAGUCACAUCAGCUUGGACGCGAUUGACUAUGCACGAGAUAAUGGAAUAGUUUACUUAUCGUUCCCACCUCAUACGUCUCACAAACUGCAACCUUUAGACGUUGGGGUAUUUGGGCCUUUUAAAUCAAAAUUGAAAAUAGCUUUUAAUAAUUGGCACGUAACGAAUCCAGGAAAAACUGUGAGCAUUUAUAAUAUUCCUAAAAUUGUUAAAAUAGCAUACUUAGAAACUUUCAUGGCCAAGAAUAUCAUCAGUGGCUUCAGUUCACCAGGUAUAUGGCCCUAUAAUCAACUUGCUUUCAGCGAUGUAGAUUUUGCUCCAGUUGAAGUGUAUACUUUGAGUAACACUGAAAAUACUCUCGGAUACCAAAGAUCUAACAAUAUCAUUUCACAGGACAAUAAGUCUGCUAUUGUGCCAUCUCAACCACUGGCUUCAACGCAUCGGGAACUUAAGGAAACUGUUUCUAACGCAUCUGAAACAUUGGUUUCAAGUCACCAGUCUGUGCUGUCAGAUAUUAUGAGCACUGAAGUAGCUUCCACUUGUAAAGUAAUGCAGUCAUCACAAGAUACAAGCACUGAAGCAGUUUCCACUUGCCAGGGUCUGCAGUCACUGCAUGAUAUGGAUAUUGAAGCAGCGCUUAUGUGUCAGGAACAGUUAUUAGCUACUACAGAAACAAUUCAGUCCUUACCAUCUUCAUCAAAAAGUUAUAUAGCGCAGAAAACUCUCCUUUCACCAGAAACGGUUCGGCCUUAUCCGACAGCUGAAAGAAAGAAAAAAACAACGAAAGGAAGGCAACCAGGAAAAUCCAGAAUUUACACCGAUACACCAGAAAAAAUUAGACUUGAGAACUUGCAAAAGGAAAGAAAUCUGAAGAAAGCAGAACAAGAAAGAAGAGCUAGAGCGAGAGAAAUGAAACGGAGUUUAAAUAUAUCGACUUGUACAAAGGCUAAAAAGCUAAAGAAGAAAAUGGAAAGCAGUGAAUCGGAAUCUGAAAAAUCAAAAAUCAAUAUUCAGGAAUGCUCAUCAUCAGAUCUUUCGGAUGACGAUGUUAUUAGCGAAUCAGAAAAAGAUAAGUAUGCUGUAAAACCUGAAAAUAUUAAAGCUUUGUUUUAA